UGGUGGACAAGAUAUGCUCACCGGUGGAUCUGCAGUUGCCAAGGCGCGACUAAAUCUGUGGGAUCAACUCAACAGUUGUUAUGAUUAAUGUGAUUAUGACAGAACGAGGAGAGUCAAAUAUCGAUUAUAAUUAGGAUUGUGUAGAGGAUGGAGGUGACUCGAUAUUGGGUAAGGGAUAUCGGAGCUGGCCUUCGUAUAAAUAUUGCGAUGUGUCAUAGCAGCAGCAUACAGCAGAUCUCGCAAGGCUGUUUGGGUGUUGACCAUCGCAUACACUUUGUUGGCUCCCCACCUCUUCUGCUCCGGUGAAACUGAACGCUGUCCAUCUCACUCGCCCCUCUUUCUGUCUCCUCGCCCGCAUUUCCUGGCUCUUCCAUCAUCCACUCCCGAGGUCCUGACUCUUCCGCUCUUAUCUAUCGAUCUUGUAUUCGACUUCCAUCGUCAGACCUCAUUCUUUCUCCUUCUCCAUCCCAUCAUCGUCUUUCCUAUCCCAUAAUGUCGCUCCCUCUGCCCCGGUCCCUCCCCAGGGCCAUCCUGAAACGCUCCUAUGGCACCGUCCAAUCCCCUCCCAGUGCCGCUUCGUUGGCCAACAGAAUCCCCGUUGCCCUCCAGGAGGCUACAAGUGCAUCCACCCCGCGUACCACUUGGACUCGGGAAGAGGUCCAGGCGAUCUACAACACCCCUUUGAACCAGCUUACCUAUGCUGCGGCUGCUGUCCACCGCCGCUUCCAUGACCCCUCCGCUAUUCAGAUGUGCACCUUGAUGAACAUCAAGACCGGUGGUUGCAGUGAGGACUGCUCCUACUGUGCCCAGUCGUCUCGGUACACCACCGGUCUCAAGGCCACCAAGAUGAGCCCCGUCGACGAUGUGCUCGAAAAGGCCCGCACCGCCAAGAACAACGGUAGCACCCGAUUCUGCAUGGGCGCCGCCUGGCGUGACAUGCGCGGUCGUAAGACCAGUCUCAAGAACGUGAAGCAGAUGGUGUCUGGUAUUCGGGACAUGGGUAUGGAAGUGUGUGUGACUCUGGGUAUGAUCGACCAGAACCAGGCCAAGGAGCUCAAGGAUGCCGGUUUGACGGCAUACAACCACAACCUCGACACCUCGCGCGAGUUCUACCCGACCAUUAUCACCACCCGUUCGUACGAUGAGCGUCUCAAGACCCUGUCCCACGUCCGUGACGCCGGUAUCAACGUUUGCUCUGGUGGUAUUUUGGGUCUGGGCGAGGAAGACUCCGACCGUAUUGGCCUUAUCCACACUGUCUCUAGCUUGCCUGCUCACCCUGAAUCGUUCCCCGUCAAUGCCCUCGUCCCCAUCAAGGGUACCCCGUUGGGAGAGCGUAAGAUGAUCACUUUCGACAAGCUCCUCCGUACCGUUGCUACCGCCCGUAUCAUUCUCCCCGCCACCAUUGUCCGUUUGGCUGCCGGCCGUAUCUCUCUGACCGAGGAGCAGCAGGUGGCUUGCUUCAUGGCCGGUGCUAACGCUGUUUUCACCGGUGAGAAGAUGUUGACCACCGACUGCAACGGCUGGGACGAGGACCGUGCUAUGUUCGAGCGCUGGGGAUUCUACCCCAUGAAGAGCUUCGAAAAGGGUGACUCUGCCAUCAAGUCUCAGGAGAAAGCCCUCGAGUCCGUUGCUCAAGAAAGCGCACAGGCUGCGCAGGCCGCAGCUACUGCUUAAAAUAUUCUGAUAUCUUCGUGAAUAUAUUGGCGUUAUGACAUUUCAAUUAGUAUAUAGUUAUGAUUUUAUGGAUAGAAAACAAGUCUCUUGAUUUUCAACUAUAUUCAAAAAUAAAAAAUAAAAAAGUUUUUGUUCAUCGUAAAUGGCAUAAUAAUUCGUAUACUAAAGCAAGGCGGAACGAAGCACCCCUUCAAUCUCUCGAAGGGAUUCAGCCUUGGACGUCACACUUGACAUGAGAUAGAGUACAUUCCCCAGAACUCUGGAAUGAACGUUAAAGUUUUCUCCUCCCGCAGCUAAUCUCUGCUGAAGUCCCUUG